CCCAAAAAAUGGUUGACAAACGAAAAUGUAGCGGUGUACGUCGGGUUUACAUUAGAUUUAAAUAUCUUCUAGUACGUAAUGUAAUGAGUGGCCGGUUUAAAAAAUGUUAAAAUAAUAAUUAACAUGUUUUAAUGACAGUUAAAAAUAUGGCUGUGAUUUAAAAAAAUAAUAAAAAUAGUGAAUAAAUAAAAUAUUACAAGUGACUGAGUGACAAAGACAAGACGAUGGCUGCCACACCAAAGUUGGAGAAGUACGCAGAAGUCGAGGAGAGACCAAGUGGAAAAGCACGUGGUGGUAAAUUAGCCCGUCGUGCUCGUUCAUUUAAAGAAGAUUUUCUCGAAAAGCUUUCACAAAUGAGAUCUCCUGGAGUUAAUUCAACCAGUACUGGUAGUGGUGGUGGUGUUGUUGGUACUGGUGGUGGUGUUGGAAGUAAUAGUACUACAGGAAAUAACACAAUUGUUAUGAGAACUGGAUCACCAUCUUUACCACGAGUACCAAGAGAUAAGCCACCAGUUGGUGAUAUUUUUGAUAAAAAUCCAUUGAGAGAUUUACAUAUACAUGUACGACAAGUUCAACUUGCAUUGCUACAUUUUCGUGAUGUUGUAUCAAAAAAAAAACUCGAAAUGUUACCGGGUAAUGGUACCAUCGUACUUGACACUGUCACAACUAUUCAUACAGUUCUUAAAUCAUAUCUUCUCUAUGAAAAUAGUUCAACACUUGGUUCAGCAACAAAUCAAGUUUAUCAAGCACUUGCACGUUUAUUAAAACUUUGUGAUGAUGUAUUACUUCAUGGUAAUCAAAGUUCACCAUGUCCAGCUUUAGAUGCUGAUAAUGUUAGUCAUGUUAUUGGACUUGUUGAAGAUGCUGUUAAAAAUUUGGUAUCUCUUGCACAUGAAAAAAUAUCAAAUAAACAAAAACCAGCACCAAUUAAUAUUAACAAUAAUCGUACAUCAGGAUAUAAUACAGAAUUAACAUCUCAAAGAAAUUCUUUGCCUGACAUUCCAUUGACACCACGAGAACGACAAAUACUUGAACAAACAGCUGCAAGUUCAACACUUGUACGUAGCUCACAUAGUACAGAAUCAAUACUUAGAGAUUCAAGUCCACCACCAAAGCCACCAUUUCCAGAAAGAACAAAUUUAUAUGAUGAAACAAAUGAAUCAUCAUCAUCAACAACAACACCACCACCACCACCAUUACCACCUAAAAAAAGAACAAGAGCACAACAAUUACUUGAUGAAUCUGAUAUAUUAUUGUCAUCAAGUUUAGAUCGUGUCUCGUUAAGAAGUCGUUCUCCUGAGGAUUCAUCAUCACUAUUGAGUGCUUCAGCAGGAAGUUUAGACUCUGCACUUAAUCACUCAAGGGACGAAGAUGAAAUACGUGCAAUUAUGGGACCAAAUGAUGAAUCUUUAAAUGACAAUAUGGAUCUAAGUCUCAUGGCAACAAUACAUGGUAUUCAGGUAAAUGGUACAAAUAAUGGCAGUUGUUGGGAAAAUUCAGAAACAAAUUUACCAACUACAAUGUUGUUGGGACAACAGACACCACAUGAAACCGUCAAUCCUUUUACUGGAAUUGAAUGUAAAAAUGAAAGAUUAUCAACACAAACACAAGAGUCUGGUUUUGUAUCAACUCAUUCACAACGUAGCUCAUCACAAAGUUAUACAACUGCAUCAAGUUUUACAUCAAAAAGAUCAUCACAACAAAGUAGUGUUAGUUUUAAUUCACAAUCAUUCAGUACACAGCAACAAUUAUUUUCACAACAAAAACUUGUUGAAAAUGAAAAUUCAACAAUGAUUCAAAGAAUGACAACAAGUUCUAAAAGUGCAAGUGUUAUAUCUACCAGUAUGACUGGAAAUGGUGAUCCAACAAUUCUCGAUAAACUGGUAAAUGAAAUUGAUGAAAAUACUGAUUCAAAUGGAUUACCACCAGCAUUACCAGAAAAAAGAUCUAAAAGAAAAAAAGAAAGACAUCCAUCACAGUAUGAUAAUGUACCAGAAAAUGAGCAUUUAUCAACUUGUAGUUUGCAUUCAAAUUCAGCUGAUAGUCCUGAUGCAAGCAGACCACCUCCAUUGCCCCUGAAAAAACGACACAUGUUCCAAUCGGUGGCAUAUUCCGUAAUGGCGUAUAUGGAAAUGUUUGGAAACUGUUCCCACAGUAAUAAUGAUUUUAUAUCUGGUAUUGGCACAAGACACUCAGUUGCAGCAUACAAUUCAAUGCAAGCCGAAUGGCAACAGCAUGAAAUGGCACUUACAACAACACAAUCAUGCUCAUCAAUGGUACACACAAUGACAAGUUUACGUGAAGGAACUGGUAUGUCAAUCAACAUGAGUCCAUUAAUAAAGGAUGCAUUAAAUCGUUCUAGUCUACCACCAGCAUUACCACCAAAGAGAUCAAGAUCAAUAAAAUGUAAUAUAACACCAACACAAAUAUUAACAAAACCAACAAUAAGCAUGCAAAGUAUCAAUACACCAGAUCCACUUAUAACAUCAACACCAGUCAAAGAAAAAAGAGAUGAAUCAAGUAUUGAAAAAAAUGAUAAAACAUCACCAGUUAUAUUUAAUUUCAAUAAUAAUGAUAAUAUUAUUAAUAAUAAUAAUGACAUUAAUAGUAAUAAUAAUAAUAAUAAAAAUAUAUCAUUAGAAGUAUUACCAGUUAGACCAGAAAGUAAAAUAUCAAUUGAUGAAAAUACAGUUGAAUUAUGUGAUACAGAACAAGACAAUGAAAUUCUAAAUGAAUUAGAAAUAACAAAAUAUCUUGUUGUUAAAAAACCAGAAGAAGAUGGACCAGAUAUACGUGGUGGACAUCCAGAUGCAUUAUUAGUUCAUGCAACUAAAGCAAAUAAACAUGAUGAAAAAGAAACAGAUUUUUUAUAUCAAGAGGCAUUUUUGACAACAUACAGAACAUUUAUGUCACCACUUGGAUUAAUUCAAAAAUUACAUAAACGUCAUCAACGUUUUUCAACAUCAUCUGAUGUUGUUAAACAACGUGCAGCACGUGAAGCAUUUUCAUUACUUGUUAGAGUUGUUAGUGAUUUAACAAUGUCAGAUCUUGAUGAUAUAUUAUUAAAAACAUUAACAUCAUUUUCACAACAACUUGUAUGUAGUGGUGAUUUAACAAUGGCAAAAGCAUUAAGAGUUAAAAUACUUGAAAAAUAUGCACAAAAACAAUUACAAUCAUCACAACCAAUAUUAUCAUCAUUAAGUAUAUCAACAAAACAAGCAUCAUUGCUAGAUUUUAAAAGUGAACAAAUUGCUGAACAAAUGACACUAUUAGAUGCUGAAUUAUUUAUGAAAAUUGAAAUACCAGAAGUAUUAAUAUGGGCACAAGAACAAAAUGAAGAAAGAAGUCCAAAUUUAACUAGAUUUACUGAACAUUUUAAUAAAAUGUCAUACUGGGCAAGAUCAAGAAUACUUGAACAUCGUAUGGAAAAUGAAGCUAAAGAACGUGAAAAAUAUGUUGUUAAAUUUAUUAAAAUAAUGAAACAUUUAAGAAAAAUUAAUAAUUUUAAUAGUUAUCUUGCUUUAUUAUCAGCAUUAGAUAGUGCACCAAUUAGAAGAUUAGAAUGGCAAAAACAUAUUACAGAAGGUCUCAAAGAAUAUUGUGCACUUAUUGAUAGUUCAAGUAGUUUUAGAGCAUACAGACAAGCACUUGCUGAGACUCAAUCACCUUGUAUUCCUUACAUAGGUUUAGUUCUUCAAGAUUUGACUUUUGUUCAUAUUGGAAAUAGUGAUUUAUUACCAGAUGGUACAAUUAAUUUUUCAAAAAGAUGGCAACAAUUUAAUAUCGUUGAAAAUAUGAAAAGAUUUAAAAAAGGCACGUAUUCAUUUAAAAAACAUGAAAGAAUAAUAACUUUCUUCAACAACUUUAGUGAUUUUUUGUGUGAAGAAGCUAUGUGGCAAAUAUCAGAAAGCAUUAAACCACGUGGUGGAAAAAAAAAUCAAUCACAAAAUUAAUUUUUAUAUUAGUUUAAUAUAAAAAUAAUAUAUAUCUUUUAUUUUAUUGAUAUACUUACAUAUCUUAUUGCUUAUAAAAAAGCAUAAUAAAAUAAAAUGAUAAUCAAUUUGAAAUUUUAUCUUGUAGUCAAUUUGUUUAACAGUCAUUAAAUAUUAAAUUUCAUGUUAUUUGCAUGAAUUUCGUAGACUUGUUGAACAAUUUUAAAUAGUUAUUUAAAAAAAAAAAAAACCGUGAUUGGAAUCAUUUUUAUUAGCGUAAUAUCAUUGACAAAUUACACCAAAUUAAAAGCCUAUAAUAAUAUUUAAAAAAUUAUACAUAUAUUUAAUAAUAGAAAAUUGUAUGUAAAAAAAAAUUAUCGUCGGGAUAUUUAAAAAUAUUUUUUAUGAUUAAAUUUGUUUUUAUUUUUAAUUAUUUUUGAUUAUAGUUAGUUAUAUUUUAAUGGUCAAACGACAGUGUGUUGUUGAUUACAAAAUAAAUAAAAAAACAAAGAUAAAACACCAAUUAUGUUGAUUGAUGUAAAGCCAUUGAGGUCUUCCAUAAUUUUUUUUAUGUAGACACAUGAUGGCACGACUGAGACCAACAGUUAAAUAUCAUUUUGUUAGGAAAAAAAAUUGAAACUAAUAAUAAGAAAAAACAAAGAAUAAUAGCUGAUUUUUAAUUAAUUUCUUCUACUUUUUUUUUCUACUAAGAUUUUAAAUUUUAAAUUUCAAAAUUAUAGUACUAUUGUCUACAUGUUUGAAAUUCCAACUAGUGAAAGAUAAAAUAAAACAUGAAUUUUUUAGUCAUUAUUAUUUGCUUAGUAUUGAUAUAGUUGAAUAUUUAAAUUAAUAUUAAUUAACAAAUAAAGCUACAAAAUAUUUGACUGAUAAUGUCAAUCCAAUUAAUAGUUAAUGGGCUAUUUUAUUUAUUAAUAAAUAUAUAUUUAUAAAAUAAUAUACAUUCAAAAAUGUGUCAAAGUGGAAAAUAUUAUUAUUGUGAAAAAAUUUUCGUGUAUGUGUGAAUGUCAAUGUUGCAUGAAUUUAUUAAAGCUAAUUAAAAAAAACAUAUAAAGACCAUGCUUUAAAGAAACUGAAAAAUAAGCAAUUAUUUAUUAUUAAUUUUUAAAAUAUAUCAAUGCAAUUUAAUAAUUAAUUUGCUUAAUUAACAAUUAGAAUUAGAAAAAUUUUGCCUUGCGAAUAUUAUUAUGUAGUUAAUUAUCAACUUACAAUUUAAAUAAUAAAAAAUUAAUAUAAUAAUUUAUAAAUAUAAUAACAAUAAUAGAAAAUAAUAAUUGUCUAAAUUAAAAAAAUGAAUACCGUCAACAGAAACACCAGUUAAUAAUAUUCAAUGUUUUUUUUUUAGUAUUAACAAACAAAUAAACUCACAAGACACAAUUAAAAAUUAAGAAUUUCUUUUUUUUUUUUUUUGGCUUGAUUAUAUUCAAAUAGCAAUACGUAGAUAAUUAAUAAUUUACUUUUUUAUUUAUUUUUUGUUUAAAUUAAGUAUUUAAAAUACAGCCAGAAAAAUAAAAAUGAAAAAAAAUAGAAAAAAAUACAUUGUUGUUAGAUAAAAAAAAAAAUAAUUUUGUUAUCAAUAAAAAAUUUUUUGAAUCUUUUUGCUGAAACAUUACAAAAAUGCCUAUUAAUUUUUCUAAUCUGUAUUAAAAUUUGUGCAUUGUUGUUGUAAAUAGUAAUUUAAUAGUAUCAAUUGUUUCUAAUGCUUAUAUUUAAUCGAAAUAAUAAGAAAUAUGAAUGAUAUGAAAAUUUUGUGAAAAUAAAAUUUACGUUUUAUGAAUGGAUUAGUUGUCGAAAGCCAUAUAUUUAAGUUUAUACAACCAUUGUGAUGUCAUAUUAAGUUGUAGGAUAGUUCUCUGUAUCAAAAAUCUUUAUAUCGUUUUUAUUUAAUUGAAAAAACAUAAACAAAAAAAAAAAAAAAACAAAAUAAAAAAGAAAAUAUUAAAUAAACAAAAUCCUCUCCUAUCAUAUUUUUAAUUUAUUUAUUUCUUUGCUCAUAUGCAAAUUGUAUAUAUUAUUUUUUGUUUUUACUUUUAGUACACAACUUUAAUUACUUUGUGCAUUAAAAAAUUUAUUAUUUAUUGCAAACUACCAGCUUUGUUUAUAAAUUAAAAUUAAAAAAUAAAUUCUUUUUUUUCUUCUUUAGAUUAAUUUAUUUAAUCUUUAAAAUAUUUAUAAAUAUUUAAAUAAUAAACUUGAUAAUGAAUUUAUUUUUUAAUAAACUUUUACUGUAUGAGUGCUGGCAUUUAUAAUUAUAGGAUAAUAAUUACUGAUGCCUCGUGGUUAACAUAUUAUAAAAUCAACAAGUCAUUAAUUUGUAAUUACUUAAUGACUGUUACACACGGAAAAUAAAAAAAAAUAAUAUAACAUGCGAUAUGUUUGUUAUUAUAAUUACAUGACUAAAUAUCCUGGUCACAAUAUAUCCUCAAUAAAAUUAUUUAAAAAACUUUAAUUCAAACUGAUUCGCCUGCAUCAAAAAUUUAUUUUAU